UGGUGGGGGAACAGGCAAGCCAGGCAUCACUGUGGAGUUGAAGAAGGGAUUUACCCAGACCUCGGAAUCUUCACUUGCUCGCUCUGGAAUUACAGCUAUUUAUUACGAAGUGUCCUGUGUGGCUGGGCGGAGUGUGCCUGAGGAUACACAUCCCAGACACCACCUGGGGUUAGUCUUUCUGAGCGCUUCCCGUCUCUAAUUCUCGUCAUUAUCAUGGAGCCCAACAGUCCUAAAAAGAUACAAUUUGCUGUGCCUUUAUUCCAGAGUCAGAUUGCACCUGAAGCAGCAGAGCAGAUAAGAAAAAGAAGACCUACACCAGCAUCACUUGUGAUUCUCAAUGAACAUAAUCCCCCAGAAAUAGAUGACAAGAGGGUGACCAACACACAAGCUGAAUCACAAAAUGCAUCCCCGAAGCAAAGGAAGCAGAGCGUGUACACACCACCGGCCAUGAAAGGUACUGUUCAGGAACUGCAGACACGCAGCAAAGGAGAAAAGAAGAGACAGGAAUAGACAGAAAAGAGCAGCAUUAAGAGAGAAUGGAAUCAGAAGAGGAAGGGGUAUCUCUGUAUGGUUGUAUGACAGUCAACAGGACAAAAUGUUGUCAUUAAGAAAUAUACACCCAUAUGUACAUAUGUAUUUAGCAAUGUUAGCAUUGUAACCAAUUAUAUUUUCUGUCUUUUAAAACUUCCCAUUAGAAGAUGAUCUAAAAAAAUGGUGAUCAUUUUUUCAUUUGUUGUUGUGGUAGUGUUUUCCUUAAGAUUUAAAAGUCCUUGCAAGAAAAAUUUCCUCCUACAAAUCACUAAUUGGAUAAUUUACUCUAUCCUAGCACUCAGGCUUUGUUGCUAUUAAGUCGCAUACCAGAUUUUUCCCUUUACAGAGAUUUAUGUGACAUGGUAUGAAAUUCUCUGGAACUUUUCCACGGGGUUCUGGAAUAGUUUGUUAUUUUACUUUUCUCCACCAGGUGCAAAAUGGGUUGAUAACAACCAGAAGCUGACUUGUCAGUGCUGUUGUGCUCCAGUGGGAGCUUGGAAAAAUACCAACACAAAACCACCACCACCACCACCACCACCAGCGUCACCUCCACCUGCAUCAUUGUGCGUUAUUUUCUCCCUCUUGGAUCGCCUUCUGAAGCACUUUAGAUAUUUGAUGCAUAAAUAUUGACACGUUUUUCAGAAAAUUUUCCUUUGUUUUAUUUAUUUUUCUGAUUAUUUAUGCUAUUCUAUGUGCCAAGUUCUUCCUUUUGGUUUUAUUUUUCUCUACUACUAAAAGGGAGAUCUUGAAUUUGGGUAACUUUUAAGUGAUUCAUUUUUAGUUUUUCUAAGUCUGGAAUCUGAGCCUUCCUUUACAAUAGAGAAGCUUUCAAAUCUAUUUCCUUUUUUCUUUUCAAAUUUCAUAAUAUUUAUUUACUCUUCUGUUUCUUUUUCAAAUCCAUUGGUCUUGGUUCAAUUUAGUUCCACAAAUACCUAUUGAUAAUUUACUACACACUGACCAUUUUUCAGUUAUAAAAAUGUAAAGGGUAUUAUUGUUGCUGCCCUCCUGCCAGUUAAUAUCAGUUCAGUUCUUUAUAAUUAAUAAAGUGGCCUCAUCUAUGUUUCUCAGUUAAUAAUCUUAUUAAAUAUAUAUGACAGUUAGGAUUCAGUUUAUAGAUCAGAGAACUGGAGUCCAAGGAAAAUAAAUGGCCCUAAACGAAUUAAUAAUCCAGCAAAGCCUUUUACUAGCUGAUGUUCUUUUUGAGAAAUUGUGAUACUUUUUAGGAUGGAAAAGCCCGUCUUCCUUAGA